AUGACAGACUACCUCACGAAGGUGAGGAAGCUGCAAAAGAAAUUCAUCAUAAUCGAGGUCAAGUAUGUCUCAAGGGAUGACAGCUGCCUCGCCAAUAGUCUUGCCUGCAAGGCAUCCUCACGGUCUCCAAGGCAACACGAAAUUUUAAAAGAGAAACUCUCGAAGCUGUCUAUGAAGUCAUCAGAGAACGCAGCCGAGGGAGUGGUGGUCUACGAGACCUAUAACCAGCUCGAGGGCUCGCCAGGGAUUGAUGCCCCAAAAGGAGUCACGGGGGAACUCGUGGCUCAGCUCAAAAGCGAAGUUUCGUGGAUGAUUGCAAUUCUCAUGUACCUUCAAGAUCGAGUUGUGCCUGAGGAUGAUGCACUAGACGAACAAAUUUUCCAUCGAUCCAAGAUGUAUACCUUGGUGGAUGACGUUAUUUAUCGUAAAGACGCUCACGGAGAACUCUUGAAAUGCAUCUCUCAGAAGCAGGGUAGAGAACUACUUGAAGAAAUCCAUUGA